GCAGAGCUCCGGAUAAGGAUACCUAACAUUUGACGUGUUUUGUGCCCUGUACCGAGGCCUCACUAUCGCUACCUUCCCCCGUCGACAGUGUACGUCUCCGUGACAGCCAUCGGCGGAUACUCUCGGUAAGAUUUCGACGACGGAACGAGGCGGAGGUGCGAACAAGGAAUGCGUCUGUUUCCAUCCAUAGCCGAGGCUGGCACGGUUGGCUGACUACGGAGCGAGAGCAUAAGCGAGCGAUCGGAAUAUAUGCGGCGCUGUGGUCGGCUAGAGGGAUCUCGUGUCGCUGUAGACGGAGCGCGAUGGAGAUAGCUUCCUGAGUUCCGCAGGCAAUCCGGCGCGCAACAACGUUCCUCCCCGAUGGAUGCGGAAAACCGUGUCAUCCUGAACGUUGGCGGCAUCCGCCACGAGACGUACAAGGCGACGCUGAAGAAGAUAGCCGCCACGCGUCUCUCGCGUCUCACCGAGGCGCUCGCCAACUACGACCCGGUGCUCAACGAGUACUUCUUCGACCGCCACCCGGGCGUGUUCGCGCAGGUGCUGAACUACUACCGCUCGGGCAAACUGCACUACCCGACCGACGUGUGCGGGCCGCUGUUCGAGGAGGAGCUCGAGUUCUGGGGCCUCGACGCCAACCAGGUGGAGCCCUGCUGCUGGAUGACGUACACGCAGCAUCGCGACACGCAGCAGACGCUCGCAGUGCUCGACCGGCUCGACCUUGACACGGAGAAGCCCAGCGACGAGGACGUCGCCCGCAAGUUCGGCAUGGAGGAGGAGUACUUCUCCGGCAACAUAUCCUGCUGGAAGAGGUUCCAGCCGAAAAUAUGGGCGCUCUUCGACGAACCGUAUUCUUCCAAAGCUGCUAAGGUGGUGGCUGGUGUAUCUGUGUUCUUCAUCGUCAUAUCGAUAUUGUCGUUCUGUCUCAAAACGCAUCCGCAUCUACGCGUUCCCGUCAUCAACAAUGUCACAGUGCAGAUAUCCGACAACAUAACCGCCUGGACUCUGGACAAGGAGAGCACGGAGGCACACCGCGCCUUCUUCUACAUCGAGGCAGUAUGUAACGCCUGGUUCACGAUCGAGAUCAUCAUGCGAUUCAUCGUGAGUCCGAACAAGUUGCAGUUCUGCAAGGCGCCUGUAAAUAUCAUAGAUUUUGUAGCCACAGCUUCGUUUUACGUCGACUUCAUGCUGAACAAGCUGUCGAACGUCGAGAACGCCGACAUACUGGAGUUUUUCAGCAUAAUACGCAUCCUUCGGUUGUUCAAACUGACGCGACAUUCGCCCGGACUGAAAAUUCUCAUACACACUUUCAAAGCCAGCGCCAAGGAGCUCACGCUGCUAGUGUUCUUCUUGAUACUUGGCAUAGUGAUAUUCGCCAGCUUGAUAUACUAUGCCGAACGCAUACAGGAUAACCCGCUAAACGACUUCACGAGUAUACCGGUCGGCCUGUGGUGGGCAAUAGUGACGAUGACCACCGUCGGAUACGGAGACAUGGCGCCAAAGACUUACGCGGGCAUGUUCGUCGGCGCACUGUGCGCUCUCGCCGGUGUGCUGACCAUUGCUCUGCCCGUGCCUGUCAUUGUGUCGAACUUCGCCAUGGUUUACUCGCACUCUCAAGCCCGAGCACGGCUGCCUAAGAAGAGGAGGCGCGUUCUGCCGGUGGAGCAGGUACGGCCGCAGCGGAAGGGUCCCGGGGCGGGACCCGGCGGUCCGGCCAACCGGCGGAUGAACGCCAUCAAACACAACCAUCCAAUGAAAGACGCUGGAAAUCGGAUAGGCAACGGUGAGGAGUCUAUUCCUAUGCUGAUGUUUAACCACUCAGAAAACCGUGAAGACUCGUUGCCCCGCACACGGCCGCAAAGCAAUGUAGAAAAAUCCCCGCCCCGUCUAGUUGACAUUGGCCACGGAUCACCUACCAAAGCUAAGCGCUCCAUAGAGGAGUCUGGAUUACCACCUGUUGCAAUGUGAUCGCAUUGGACUUUCAGAAAAUGCCACUCUCACAUUUGCUUGCUGCAGCCCUAACGGCGUGGAGUCGGUGUCGAUCAGCGUUCCGGCACUGCAGCUCUCUCGACCCUUGUCCGUGCACAGC